CAUCAUGGAAAAAUUAAGUAGCACUUGGCCCGCAAUGUCAAACUCUAUAAGAACAUCCCCACGGGACGGGCAAGACGGGGUGAACUGAGGAGACGGCAUCUAAAAGCCAGACCAUCUCACGCCAAGCUUUUCGAAACGAUCCUUGCCCACCAUGAAGCUCUCCGCCAUGACCGCCGUGGCGUCCACCGUCCUCCUUGCGACGGUUGCCUCAUCGGCCGCCGUGCCGGCAGGAGGCCAGAAGGACUUCAAGCCCGUGACGACCGCCUACGCGUCGCGCAUGGCCGACUCGUGGAUCAAGCUCAACAACGAGCAGCAGAGGGCAGCGUGGUACGGGCGCGCAGCGCUGUACACGGGAUACGAGGCCGUAAUCGCCCGCACCGGAAACGACACCCUGCUGGACUGGUACCGGUCCAAGAUUGACGGCGGGAUUGUCAACCCGGACGGUUCCAUCAUCGACUGGCGGCCUACGCACUACUCGAUGGACGACUACCGCAUCGGGCACAACAUCCUGUACUGGUACGAGCGUACGGGCGAGGAAAAGUACAGGAUCGCUGCCGAUACGGUCAGGGACAUGCUGAAGAGCCACCCGCAGACACCGACGGGGGGUUUCUGGCACAGGGAUGUUGUUUAUCCGAAUCAGAUGUGGCUGGAUGGGAUUUACAUGGCCGACACGUUUUAUGCCCGGUACACUAAGAUGUUUCAGCCCGACAACCAGACUGCGUGGGACCACAUCGUCCUGCAAUGGGACAAGAUCGAGGAAAUCGCCCGCGUGCCCUCCACCAACCUCCUCGUCCACGGCUUCGACGAAUCCAAGACCGCCGUCUGGGCAGAUCCCGUCACCGGUGCUGCACCCAUCGUCUGGAACCGCGCCGUGGGCUGGUACAUUUGGUCGCUGGUCGAGGUCCUCGACAUCUUCCCCCAAUCGCAUCCUGGCUACGCGCGCCUGAUGGGUUACUUCACCACGCUGGCCGACGGCCUGAAGCGCGCCCAGGACCCCGAGUCAAAUGGCUGGUGGCUGGUCAUGAGCGACCCGUACAUCGGCGUGGAGGGGAACUACCUCGAGAGCUCGGCUGCCGCCAUGUUCACUUACGGCUGGCUGGCUGGAAUGAAGAGGGGUUGGAUCUCGGAGGAAGAGUACCUGGGCCCCGCGUCCCGUGCCUACUCGCACAUGAUCCAAGAUUUCGUCACCGAGAACGCCGAUGGAACCAUCACCUGGGAGAAGACGGUUGAGGUCGGGUCGUUGGGGAGCAAUGCUACUUUUGAGUACUACACCGGCAUCCCGGUUGUGCAACACGACACCCGUGGCGUGGGACCGUUCCUACUGGCUGCCGUGGAAUGGGAGGAGCGGAACAAGAUUGCAUCUUAAAAUGGUCAGAUAAGGAUGGGAUUGUUGGAUUAAAUCAAUGUGGCGACCUACUGAGAAAUUCGUUACAGCCUGGUGAGGAUUACAUCUUGAGCUAUUUUAAAGAAGGAUGAGUUAUAUGCGGCCAAGAUAUGUUCCCUUAAUUCUAAGCCUAUCACCUUACCCACCCGCCAUAUCCGUCUGCAGUGUCCGAUUGCUUCUGCAUCAGCUUUCCCCUCGAGUCACCUUGUCACACACCACCAGCACCUUUGUACGACUUGACAAUCAGGGGCAAGCCCUUGCAUUUUUUUCAGCCUUACCUGGCGAUACGAGAAUACUCUGAGGUGA